CACAAAAUACAUAUUCCCCAGACUUUGCCGACAGAACCGAAAGUAAGUGAAUUCUUGCUCAGUGGAGGUUUCGUUUCGAUUUCCGCGUCAGGAAACUGUCGGGAGAAGUUUAGCUGGAGCUGGAGGUCUUACAAGACAGUGACAGAAGAAGAUAAACUCCAUUCAGAGAAAAUGUCCAUUGAGUUUUAUGGAUGGCAAGUCAUCCACGAGGAUAAUGGCCACUUGAAAUCAGGACAAGAGCUUAUAAAUGGGAGAGGAUAUACCAUGUACCAUGGGACCCACAAAAACAAUGCUGCAAGUAUAAUACAGUCAGGGUUUGUACCAUCCCAGGAUGGACUCUUAGGUGCAGGGGUGUAUGUUAGCAGAGAUGUGACCAAAGCAAAAGCAUAUCCCAAGCAAACAGCAACGUGUGACAAAGUGGUCUUCAAGCUGAAAGUUAGAGUUGGUAAAGUGAAGAAAAUAGAUACAGAUAAUCAUCCUCUUCAAAAAACUUGGCAUCAGCAUGGUUACGAUACUGCCUGGGUCCCACCAAAAUGCGGGAUGUUGUUCAUUCCCAGUGGGAAAGAAGAAGACUGCAUCUGGAAUCCCAAACGAAUCACAGUGGUGGAUAUCGCCUACGCGGAUGACCAGGUCAAGAAAGAUCUGAAGAAGCUGAUACAUGAAAAGGCGGCAGCCAAGAAUGCGAAAGUCACGGAUCAGUGUGAUGUCUGUGGUUAUCAAAAAGAUUCAUCCCACACAGUCCACAGGUGCUGGGGUUGUGAGAACGUCAUCUGCCCUUUUAUGAGCAAACAUGUUUGUAAAAAAACAAAAUAACAAGUUCUUUCAGUGGUAAUUUGUUUCUAAUCAUUGUUUCGGACUGAGCUAAUUUCUGUUCUCCUUCUCUAUUAAUAUUAAGCACACCAGGAACAAGAAAAUGGUUUUCCAUCCAAUAAUCUGCUUUCUUCAGUGUUAAACCCAGCUUGUCUACUUUUCACAAUAUCCAUCAAUUCUGACUCUUUCCAGAAGCACAUUUGAUUGUAUUGCUGGUGCAUUUAUCACAACAGCCAAUAGCAGAAUAAUUCCCUUUGGGUAGAUAGGUUCAUGAUAUUUAUUUUCAGCCCAAUUUUCCAAAUGUUUCAUUAACUCUUCCUUUAUCUGCAUUUACACGUGCAUACACAUAAAGGUGCACAUGCUCACACAUAUACAUUACAUUUCUAGCAUUAUUCCUCUGCAUCACAGAUUUUCUUUAUAUUGCAGAUACUGGCACACACACGUCUUCAUGAUUUCUGUCAAUGAGCUUAUCUUGUUAAUUAUGUAUUAUAUCCUCCCAAUAAAUUAUCCUUUCCUAUAAACUGGUUGCUAUACUUGCUGCUGCAUUUCUGCCAAUGUUUGAGACAUUGCUUUCCUUCUUAUUUGGUGAAAUGUUGUGGAAUUAUAGACACAAUGAUUGUAAUGUGGUACUUGCCCACCUAAGUGCACGCCUGUCCAUCUGCUCACUGAGUGCAUUAACCAAUGUCAAAUACAGCAAAAAAAUGCCAAAGAGGUUUUCUUCCAUCUUUAUUUACUACAAUUGCUCUGUGAGUAAUUUUUACCACCUGGAAAUUCACCUCCAAGCCAUUCGCCACCCUGAGUUGGAAAUAUAUCGCCGUUCCUUCACUGUUGCUGGAUCAAAAUCCUGAACCUCCCUCCGUAAAGACAUUGUUGGUCAACUUAUAGUACAUGAACAGAAGGCAACUCGCUACUAUUUUCUCAAGGGCAACUAGUGAUGGGUCAUAAAUGCUGGCCCAGCCAAUGAUGCACCUGUUCCAUGAGUGAAUUCACACUAGAAAUGUUUGAUACUUUCACAAAUACACUAACAGUAGUCAGUACCGAAAAAGCUUUGAAGAUAAGUAACACCAUUCCUUAUGUCACCAUCCCAUAGAGUCCAAGGAUGUUUAGGACCAAUUUGCUAUGUGUUGUCUUCAGUAACUUCGGAUGGAGUAAUAUUUUGGAUUCUGCUACUUGCUUGAUCCACCUUUGGGCAUGGAGAAGAAAAAUCAUCCCGAUUCAUGCUCACCAAUCCAGUCCAAUUCAUCUGACCAUUCCAGAGCAAAGAUUUAGCUGUGACAGCCACCUUGGUGAAAUGGUGAGCCCUGACUAUAAGUAACACAUAAUGAAUGGCUACUCGCUACAUGUGGAUCUAUACGCCAACAGGAGGGGAAGGAGUGAGAAAAUUGUAGCAGAUUAAAACACACAAAAGCUGAUGCUCUUGUGGUAACUGCAAUGGAAGGAUUGCAUUUCUGUGUCAUGUUACAGUCUAAUGAUACAAGGUGUGAAAAUAUUAGAACAAUGUUGUACCAUAUGCAAUAUCGUGUUUACAGUUUCAACUAAGCUGCCUUCUGUUGUCAAAAAGAAAACUAAUACUCAUUACAUUUUACACUAAGCAGGUAUAAUGUUAACGUCUGAGAAUAUCUGAUUCUAUAAUUAUACUGUAGUUAUAAGUAGUUUAAAAUAACAGUUGAACAAUUCAUAGAGGAAUUUUACAUGCAUGAAUUAAUUUAUCUGCUACCAGUGAAAAUUAAAUUCUGAGUUCUGAAGAGAUAAAUUUGUAAGGACAAUGCUCAAAAUAACCUGUUGUGUAGCAUGCAUAUUUUUAAAGAUGUACCACUUUUUACACUUUUGAGUUGCUUUUCAAUUGUGAAUUGCCACUGUGUAUAUUGUAAAACUGCAUUAAAAUGUCAGAGGAAAUCAGAAA